CACAGCUUUAAUUUCCAUCUCAUGUACUUUUCUAUUGAUGUUUAGUGACCACUGCAGGCGACGCUCCUGAUUUCUCGAAAAAGGGUGAAAACUGAAAGGAGUGCCUUUGAUAGCAAGCUCCCGACUAAAGCUAGCAGUAUAUUCGCGUGGCAUUUUGGUAUUCUAUGACCGCAGAAGGAUUUUAUUACAAAGAUACGCAGCGACUGCGAUCAAACACAAAACAUUGUUUUCCUUUAGUACGCGUCAUCAAUCACUGCGCAUGCGCACGAGAUUCUCUGAGACGCCAAGCAGCAGACGAACGCUUCUGUGCGAAGCGGCUUGCAUUUUGCGAUUAUACAAACAUAUUUAGUUGAAAGUUUGAAAUUUUUUUUCGUAAAAACGAUUACAAGAGAGCGAAUACUGACAUAACUGUAUUUUAGUAUUUAAGGUAGUUUGUAAACCGUGUCUUUGGAGCUUUAAGCCUAUAGUUCGUGGUCUAAUGAAACUAAGUGCCUGGAAAAGAGCACAAAAGACUGAUAACAGAUAAGGAAUACGAUAAUAAAAAAUCAUUCUUUGCCCUGAUGGAAUGCCAAUCUGUUUUCCAUCCUUAUUCAAAUAUUGAAACACCGCACAAACUGGCAUGUUUUACCAUGAGACCAAUGUACGACCACGAACAAUACAGGUCCAUGGUACGAUUAAAGAGCGUAGAGUGCAUAAUGUCGUCCGGCCUGCUAGCAGAUGAGACCGCAAAAAUCGAUGACGUUAAAUGAAAACAAGAUCUAAACUAAUUCCUCCCAUAACUAUCCAGUCUUCCAUCCAGAAAAUAUGGGAACUUUAAAACUUAUUUGAAUGAACAGUUGUUUUUUUAUUCCACAAUGGUUUGCUAAAGUGACGAGUAAAUAUGCAGCGAUCACCCUACACACAACAUUAUUUUGUUGUCUGCUCCUCGGCGUGGUCCUUGUUAAUGAAGAAAUGUCUAGUCCAUAUGGCGAUAUGGUGACCAAAAAUAUUGAUGUAAAGGUAAGAAAACAGCUGAAAUGGUAUCAACAGAAAUAAGUGAGACAUGUAGGGGUUGUAAGAAGUUCAGGCAGAAGCUAUACACAUGUAAACAAGAUUUGUGUUCAGAGACGUGUUGCAUAGGCAUAGCGAAUCGAGUGAAGCUAGCCAAUCAAGCCAAAGCGUAGCACAAAAGAAGCCGCCAGAAGGUAACUCUCACCAAAAGUAGUCAUUGUUUAAGAGUGAUGUCCCGUAGUGGGAGUACAAAUAAAAAAAGAGUCAAAAAAAGUCAUGUUGUGGGAAGAAGGUUCGAUGGAUGUACAGAUAGACGGAAACCCCAAAACGCGUUUUGUGCAUUCAUGAAAGCUAAAAUAUUCAGAAGUGUUAACACUUUUGAAACCAUGAACUGCAGCACAGUAGUUAGUGAAAAGCUACAGAUACCAUCUCACUGUUGUCGACCCUUGUCGUCUGAUCGAGUUUUAUGCCUUGUGACAGAAGAAUGGAUGAGGAAUCUAUGUCAAGGCCAUGUAAAAACAGGAAUAGAAGGAGGUGGGAUCAAUGUUACCCUGGCAGAACAGUACUUGUCUUCAUCAUGUCUUGCUCCUCCUGCUCCAUGGAUUCGAAUUACUAUCAAACUAUGGUCUUUAAAGGACCAUAUUUCUUACAGACCAAAGAAAGUGGCAUUCCCACAGCAUCGAACAGAUUGUGGAGUUCUGGAACUGAUGUCUGGUAUUGCUCAUGACAAUCUGCAAAACUUAUGGAACUAUGCACAACAAAACUACUCCAAGGCACAUUUACAUGACCUUGAAAAACAGCAAUCAAAUCGACAGAUAUCUCAUUCAGAAAAUACCCAGGAAAUGGUAAGUCUCUGUCUGAAGACAUCUGGCACUGGCUUUGGAGACUUUCUCCCUAAGGUACAUAUCAAACUUAAAGGAAAUAUUGCCGAACUAGUCAAUACAUGUCCUCGUCCUCAUGUAGCAUCAAAAACAUUGCCAGCAGACCGUGGAAGCCAAGGACAGCAAGAGCUGAGUUUGCACAAUGUUCUUCCUGUGAAGGUACUUGUAGAGGCAGAGAAUGUAUUUCUGCUGGUGCAGCCCUAUGUUGAUUACACACUACAUCAGAUUGUGUCUUUCAGUCCUGCAAUUUUAGAGACAUGCCAUGUUAAAUCAUUGUUCAUCGCAUAUCAGAUUUUGAAGGCUAUGUUGGCCAUGCACAAGAGGGGACUUUGUCUCGGUCAUGUUUCCCUCAACACUGUUCUGCUUGAUUCCCAGCUGUGGGCAUAUAUUUUGUGUCCUCAAAAGUGUGCUCUCACAAAGUCAACCAAGCCAUCAGCGUCAGAAAGGGAUGUAACAUCUGUAGAACAACCUUAUCAUUCAGACCAGCCAGGAUUCCUUUCAGAUAAUAGUGAAGAUUAUUUGCAUGCAAAAAAUCAGUGUUUGACUUCAGAAAAAGACGCUGAAGAAGCAGUGAAAUUCCUCACAAUGGAAGGACUUACCUCUGUUUGCUACUCAGAAGAAGCAGAAAAAAUGCAUGCUGAUGCCUGUGAUUUUCUUUAUCAUCACAAAUACAAAGACAUGGCUAGUCAGGAAGUUGAAAAGAUUGUGGAGAAAUGGGUUCAACGGCAGCUAAGCAAUUUUCAGUACCUGAUAAUUCUGAACCAUCUGGCAGGUAGACAGAUGAAUGAUCCGAACAACCACCCUGUCUUACCUUGGGUCAUGGACUUUUCCAGUUCACAUAAUGGAUAUCGAGAUUUGACAAAGUCCAAAUACAGACUCACCAAAGGAGAUGGUCAGUUGGACUUUACAUAUGGCCUUCAAACUGCAUUUUCUAGUCAGACAUCAGACAACCUUGACUCAGAUCACAUCCCACACCAUGUUUCUGAUGUUCUUUCUGACAUUACCUACUAUGUGUACAAAGCACGCCGCAUGCCAAAGUCCAUUUUGUGUACGCAUGUGCGAAGCAACUGGGUGCCUCAUGAAUAUCCCUCCAGCAUGCAGCGUCUCCAAGAGUGGACUCCAGAUGAAUGCAUUCCAGAAUUUUUCACAGAUCCAACCUUGUUUCAGUCCAUACAUGCAGACCUUGCAGAUCUGGAAGUGCCACCUUGGUGCAACAGUGCCUAUGAGUUUGUGGUUCGGCACUUAUCUGUUCUGGAGAGUGAGCGUGUGUCAGAGCAGCUUCAUCACUGGAUAGAUCUCACCUUUGGUUACAAGCUUAGUGGUAAGGCAGCAGUUGCUGCCAAAAAUGUCUACCUGCAGCUAGUGGACGGCCACAAAACACUGAGUUCCCAUGGUGUACUUCAGCUCUUUACCCAGCCUCACCCUCAGCGCCAACCUCCCAACCAGCGCAUGCAGUGUGGGCUGCCCCGAGUGCAUCGUGUCAUCCUGACACCGCAGCUACUGCAUACACGACAACUCCAGGUACAAGAGUCACUAGUGAGUGAUAAGAGUUUUGGAAUACAAGAUGCACAGGCAGACAACACUCGACCUGAACUUGCUACUAUUCAGCUUCCAUCAAAGUAUGAGCCACUGGAGAACCUGGAGCGGUGUGAGAGUUUGUUGGCAUUCAAAUGUAAAACUUUAUUACUGACAUCACAAGACGUGGCCUCAGGCUCAAAUGAGUCACCUGCAACAAGUGUGCCAAGUAAGCUGCAUACAAGUCCAGCAGUGAUUCAGGACAUUGCUGCAUUUCUUUGUUUAAUCUGUGAAAUUUUUCUUGCACCCAAACUUCGCAUGCAGGAGUUAAAGCCAUCUUUGAAGAUGCGCAUUGAGAAGAUAAAAAUGUUGUGCUCUCCUGAUAUGUCUGUGAUUCCCAGACCUUUUCAGAAAGCUGCUCGCCUGUUGUGGGAUCUUCAAGUUAAUGAGAAGAAAUCUGGGCAGAGUGAUGAACCCUUUGAAAUAACUUUUACCCCCCUUGUCACUGGCGGGUUCCCACCACCCAGCCCCUCUCUGUUUCUUCACCCACUGUGCCAGAUUCUUCCCUUCCCGUCAUAUUUUUGCGAACUUCAUGCUUGUCUCAGCAGCAUUAAGGCAGUUGAUGCUGCCAUGCAGGAAGCCAAGAGAGGCUUUCUGUCUUUUGUUGAGAAGAGCUCUGUUCUGAAGCAGCUGUCCAGAAGCAAGGUGCCUAUUAUGGAAACUUUCUUGGUUGCCCAUGGAGAUAAGCUAGGUGAGGAGGGCUUGGAGGUUGUAAUGCCACUGAUACAAUCACUGUUUAGUGACAAACUGACCACUGUUCAAGCUUCCUGGGGACUGUUCAACUUGGUCAGCAGAAUCUUAGGCCCAGGGGAAACUGGAUACAAAUUUCUGCCAAAUCUUACAGCACUCUUCAUGGAAUGUCCUGCAUCAGCCAAACAUGUAAAACUCUAUCACAGAACAUUUUUAACCCAGCUUUUGCUGCGACUGCGUCUUCAACCUUUUUUACAUCAUUUUGCUACAUUGUUGGUGGAGGCAGUAGCAGGAUACAAAGAUUUUCCCAUGCCAAACCGCUUCUAUCCUUCUGAAGAACUCAUUGAGGAGAUGGAGACGAUGAAUGAAGAACUUAUCCAAGAAAAACCUUGGUCUGUUAGUGACAGUCUUCAUCCAGCCCCAGUCAUGGAUGUUGAACGGCGAAGCCAUGAGGACAUUGAUGAAGCUGAUGAGGAGAUACCUGACGGGACUGUUGCUUCAAGCAGAAUGAUAAAUGGCGUCAGUGAUGAAUUUUCUGAUGAAAUGUAUCUGGAUGAUCAAACCAAUGAUAUCGUUGAGUUUGAACUUGAUUCCGAGGGUGAUGAGAGAGAGACUGGUAUUCAUCUUUCAGCAGAAAGUGAGGUAGGAGAAGGAGGAGAAGAGAAUGCUGAGAAAUGUUCUAUUCAUAGCAUUUCUAACAUUCUUUGUUUGCGCACCUCCACGCAGCAGAGUCAGGGCCAGGACACAGAAGAAGAGGAUGUGGUUUUUGACUCGCCAGGAUCACAUAUCAUAGCUGGAAUUUUUCCAUCAUCAGUGACUAGCAACAAUUCUGACAAACUAUCAGAUGUAGAGAGAGUACCAAGAUAUUUUCCACUGGAUGAAGAUUUUGACAGUCUUCCUGGGGACCACAAAUCUGAGAACUUGGCUGAACAGAUGGAAGGAAGAGAUAAGGAGAAGAGCACAACAACAAGCCUACAACUCUUAACAGUAGUAGCAGUGUCCCGAGGCAGCUAUCAGAAACAGACCACCCUGAUGGCACUUUUUUCGAAUAAGCCUAAAGCAGGAAGUGCUUCUAAUCUUUCUUCUAAUAUAGACAAUAUUUUUGGUUCUGGAGCAAACAAGAACAUGACAGAAACCAUGAAGAGAAGUGAAACAGAAGAUCUGAUGUCAAGCUUGUCACAGAACAGUCCCAGCAGUAUUGUCAAUAUUCGCCAUAUUGCUGCUGAUUCUGUGAAAUGGCUUGCCCACAAGUUGGGUCCUGUGUUGGCUGCACGCUAUUUGUCUCGGAACCUGGUGCGCAUGUUGCCUCUAUGCUAUCUGGGAGACCUGCAACUGCAGCCCUGCAGUAUGCCAUCAGAUGAAGGGACCAUCAAGAGUUCCAGGCAUAUUGUGGGAGACAACAAUGCUUUCAAAGUACUUGAAUGCAUUGCCUUUGUGGCUGCAUUGUAUGGAGAGAACAUCAUCCUUAUUCAGUUCAUUCCCAGUAUUAUUGACUUGAUUGCAGUGGCUCAGCGAAGGCUGACACAACGAUCAGAAAGUGGUCUUCUUGGUGCUGUUAUUCUUCUACGAUCUGUUAUUCCAAUGCUGUCAGAGAAAACACUGCUGAAUAUUUUGGAGCCCACUGUAGUCAAUGAGUGCAUCAGCCCUUUACUGUCCCUGCUGACCUCUGCUACCACUAGCUUCCCCAGUGGUGCACCAGCACGGUCUGUUCUGUGUCUAAAGCUUGUAGACCUGUUGUAUGUUCUGGGACUGCGCCUGGGACUGGAGAGGACUCGGCGCUAUUUGCAUGUACCCAUGUUGAGGUUGAUGGAAGUUUUCUCCUUAGUGCAUGGGUCAGAGAAUACCACUACAUCCCAGCCGUCAUCACCAGUGGUGGGCAGUGGAAACUCAGAUGACACCUACCUAAAUAUUAAGAUGGAUGAUUCUACUCAUCAGUAUACUUUUGGAACGCCAGUUAACCCUACCCAUCUUGAAAAAAACUUGAGCAUGUUGACCUCCGCCACUGGUAUGGAGAGCUGGCACAGCCUCAGUACUGCUGGGACUGUUGAUGACAGAGAGGAAUGUGUAUCACCUCGCCAAGACCAGGAGAAAUGUUGGCAGGAGUUGACGUAUGUCUUUACACCAGAACUUGCUCUUGCAGUCUACAUCCCUCUUUGCCGGAUAUUUGGCAGCAUUCACAUGGAAGAAGGCCUUAAAAAUGAUGACCUCAUACGUCAGCUAUGUGCCCAGCAAGACAGCAUCAUGGAUCAAGCACAUUACAGUCCUCUUUCUAACCACCCGUCCAGUUCAAAUGGUAAUAUGCAGGAUUCAAAACAUCCACGCAGCAAGUUUGUGGGAUCUAAAAAUGAGGGCUUUGGCAGCAAUGUGGAGCUGAUUGGCAACCGUAUCUUUCUGAGUGCUGAGAGUCCUCCUGACUCUUCAGUGUUAACACAGUUUGGCCGAGGUUAUCGUCAUGAUGGUAUUUUGGAUAUAACUCAGGAAGAAAUUUACAUGCAUGAAAUGGAAGCCAACAAAACUCGACACCUGCAAGGGAACUGGCUGCAGUACUGGGAACAUGAACUAGGCCUACAUGAACGAGAUAACAUGUUCAGCUUUAAGCAGAUCAGACUGCAGAGUUUUGUAGGGCACUCUGGCAGUAUUCGUUCUCUACUUGUAAUGGACACUGAGAACUGCUUUCUAAGCACCAGCAAGGACAAGACAGUGCGACUCUGGAGCAUUACCAGCCAGGGGGAUGGCAUUAGCAGGGUGCCCUGUCAGUGGAUUUACCAACACCAUAAGAAAUCAGUCUUUUCAGUGGCCUUUGUUGAGAGUUUGCGACUUGUGGCUUCCUGUGACAGCAGUGUUCAUGUGUGGGAUCCCUUCACAGGGGUGGGCCUGUGUCAGCUGGAGUCAAGCCGCUAUUCCCCAGCCGUGGCACUGCAGGCUGUACCUGCUCCUAGUCCACUAGUCCUCAUGGGUACAACAGAUGCCACAGUUCGCUUUCUUGAUCUGAGGACCUUAAAAUAUGGUCAUGAGUUCAGGUGCUCCACUGGUUCUACAGGCUUGCUGCGGUGUGUAGCUGUGAGCCCUGAUGGAAGCUGGGUGGCUGUUGGCUUCUCCACUGGGAUCAUCUCCAUCUUGGAAUUGAACAGUGGCUUGCUACAAGCAUCCUGGAAAGCACAUGAUGGAGAAAUCCUUCAGAUUAAGGCUUUUAAUAAGAGCAGGCUUGUUUCUUCAUCAUUUGAUGGUGCCUUUAAAGUCUGGAAUGUGGACGGGUCAGAAAUUAAUCCUCUGAAAGGACCAAGCGACCCUGUCCAUUGUUUCUGUUUUUACAAAGACCAGGUGCUUAGUGUUACCACUGCAAACAGAAUUGGAGUUCAUUCCACAAUCAGUGAUCAUGCAUCAUUCACAAGUGUCAAACUUCGUUCUGAUACAUUCAAGGGUGUGGUCACCAACAUGACUAUCCUUCCUCUCAACAAAACCCUGUUGCUAGGCGCUGACAAUGGGACCAUACAGCUGUUUGCUUGAUAAUCUACAGUGUGGUUUCAAUGCAGUUUUCAUCAGUGGUACCACCAGAGAUCACUUGUUAUGUCAUAGUGUAUUAAAUAGAUUAGCGGUUUAUUUAAAUUCAGUGUUAUCUGGACAUUUCUUAAAGUGGAACUUAAUUUUUUUGUUUUUCCUUAGAGUAAACACAAUUAUGUUUGUAAAAUGAUCUCUUUAGACAUGCAUAUUUCUGUAAAUCAUUAGGAUGACAAAGUGUCUUGAUAUACAGGCUGCAUGUGACUGUUCAUAUACUCGUAUCUUUGGCUUCGUUCUGUGCAGCAAAAACAGUGUCUUAUAUCUAAACUGUCACCAUACUAUUUGAUUUAAUUUCUUUAUCAAUGGAUUUAUAGGUUUGUUUAAGAAAUCAAGCAAUAACAUUGUUUUAAAUGAUAAGAAAUAGAUAACAUUUUAACUGAUGACUUUCAAAAGAUGCUUACUGAACAAGUUUUAAAAUUUUGUUGUCAUAUUUUGAAAUUUUUCCCUGAGAUUAUUUCAUCAUUUUGUGAAGAAAAAAUUAAUUCUUAUAUGCAAUCAUGUUUCAUGAUGUUGAUCUUAUGUAGUUUCACCUGUUGUUGGAAUCUUGUUCUCUCAGAAUGAAAUGACAGAUCUGCUUCAAGUUGAGACUAACAACAAAUAUAAUGAACAAACUUUGUUAAAAACUUGUUUUUAAAAUUUUAAUGAGAAUAUGUUUACCUUGUUAUGCUGAUUGUUUCAUUUAAUGGUGAAUGUUUACCUCUGUAUCCAUAAAUCUUUCUGCCAAGACUGCUAUGCAGUGAUGGGCCAUUCUAUCUUUUAACGUCAUUAUGAUCAAAUGCUGACAGAUUACUAUAGUCUUAGUUUGUCGCAAAAAUGUGUGUGAUUUUUUUUUUCAGGAGAAACGGGGUUUGAUUUAGUUUCUAAGUUAUUUGAUGAUUGCAGCCAAUUUGAAAGUUUUUGUUAUGUUGAGAGAAAUCAGAUUUUGAUCUCUUCCAAAUGCAGGGGAGGGUUCCACUGUUCAGUUUGUAUAUUAUGAACACAACAGAUAUUUUGGGUAUUAGCACAAGUCAAAGGAAACCCAUCCUUUUAAAAUAAACUAGCAUACAUACCUAUUAUGUAAGCCAUUUUUACUGGUUUUAAAAAAUACCAAGACAAAGAAAAAUAAAGGCCACCAGAGGGUCUGCUGUGUAUAAUCAAUAUAUCAACAGCAAAAAAUCUCUCAGGGUGUUUACUUUAUAGAAUGGAACUGGUAGCCAAUGGAAUGUUAGAGAUAUAGAAGACGUGUAUUACCCACAGGAACAAUUAUUCUGAAAAGUAAAAGCUUAUACACAUUUCUUAAAGGUUAUAUUUUGUGCUGUAUACAUUUGAGAUUAUCAGCUGAAAGAUUUUUAAUAAUUUGUUAUUUAUGAUCUUAACUAUAAGUUGCUUCACUUCUCAAUCAAGGCAUGUUUGCCUUUUAGGCUGACUUGAGAUGCAGGUAGCAUGCAAAUGUGUCUUCACUGUCUAAAUAAAAGGCCUUUUUAAUUAACUAGCUUGCCAAACAAAGUAGGUUGAAACUGGGCCAAACCAACAAGUUAUAGGCAAUUUAACCAAGGUGUGGCUAGCUAAGAGAGCGCUUUGAAAAAGAAAACUCAAACUUUUAUUUGUGCCAGGCUGGAGGGAAAUUUUUUUUUUAAUCUCACUCCUAUUUCUGAGAAAACAUUCAAUAGCAUAAUAGUUCUCGUGCGCACUAAUUCUGUUCAAACUUUUGGAUGUUCUCCGAUUAUGAGAUAACAAACUAGAGAUUGUGUUAUAGUUUGUGCAAUAUGGUGCUUUUGUCAGUGGCCAUUGUCUUGUUUUCAAUACUCGUCAGUUUGAAUGCAUACAUGCAUGCGGUUUUGCAUGCAGUUUGAGAUCUUUAUGUGGGAAGGUCUGCAGAAAUUUCUAAUGAAGAACGGUGGAGGUUAUUGUUGCUUGCUUACUGUAAUUGUGGUGAGAGUAAUUCAGUGGUCAGUGUAUUGUACUUGUGAACUGUAAUUGUUGGAAUAAUUAAUGGUCACAGUAUUUCCAAGGUUACUGGUGUUUUGCUAGAAAUAGCAAGCAAAACAGUUGGAUACAAAAAAAAGAAAAAAAGUUGCAGUUCUCCCUCCCCAACUCAGACCUUCAGCAGCCAGUAUUAUGAAUUAAAAAAAAUGUCAGCAUU